ACUCAGCAGCAGAAGAUGCAGCUCCUGUGCGAUUCAGUAGCGUUCAUUCAAUCUGCGGAUUUCACGAUCUUCACAGCACUUUUCUUGCCUGGUCCGUUUUUAUUCCCCCCUCUUGGCGUUUUAGCUGCUGCCUGACACCCCUCCCCCCCACCCUCCGACUUUGUCGCAGCCGCGCAGUUGGUCGCACUUGGAUAAUUAUUAUCUGGUUGCAAAUACAUGUCUGUGAGAGCGACAGAGCGAUGUUGGAGCAGCGACAGAAGCGAUGUGUGUGCGGGGGGGAUAGGGGACCAGUGAGGGCAACAAGCUCCUCAUUUUAACUCUUUCACUGCUGCUGAGCAACUGGUCUCUGGCUAAUUACCCUCCAAAGCAACAGAACAUCAUGAGAGGCUGAUCCAGGGCAUCAGGAGAAGUGUUACCAACGCAACCAGCCCAGAUGGAGCAGGACGUCGAGAGCCCCAUCACGAUACGGCAGCCGAUCAAGUUGCCCAAACAGGCUCGCGAGGACCCGGGCCGGCAGAAAUGCUCCAAGCGGAAGAUCCAGAGGUACGUCCGCAAAGACGGAAAGUGCAACGUCCACCACGGCAACGUCAGGGAGACCUACCGCUUCCUCAGCGACAUUUUUACCACGUUGGUGGAUCUCAAAUGGAGGUUCAAUCUGUUGAUAUUCGUUAUGGUUUACACGGCGACUUGGCUCUUCUUCGGGUUCAUUUGGUGGCUCAUCGCCUACAUUCGGGGGGACCUGGAGCACAUAGGAGACAAAAAGUGGAACCCCUGUGUGGAUAAUCUCAACGGGUUUGUUUCCGCCUUUUUAUUCUCCAUUGAGACUGAGACCACCAUUGGCUACGGGUACAGGGUCAUCACGGACAAGUGUCCCGAAGGGAUUGUACUUCUUCUGGUCCAGUCCGUUCUAGGGUCAAUUGUGAACGCCUUCAUGGUCGGUUGCAUGUUCGUGAAAAUAUCCCAGCCCAAGAAGAGGGCGGAGACCCUUGUCUUCUCCACCAACGCCGUCAUCUCCAUGCGCGACGGGAGGCUGUGCCUGAUGUUCCGGGUCGGCGACCUGAGGAACUCGCACAUCGUGGAGGCGUCCAUACGCGCCAAGCUCAUCAAGUCCAAGCAAACCAAGGAAGGGGAGUUUAUUCCGUUAAACCAGACGGAUAUCAACGUGGGGUACGAUACCGGAGACGACCGGCUGUUUCUCGUGUCGCCGCUGAUCAUAAGCCAUGAAAUCAAUGCGCACAGUCCCUUCUGGGAGAUUUCCAAAGCCCAGCUGCCCAAAGAGGAUUUCGAGAUUGUGGUCAUUCUGGAAGGGAUGGUGGAGGCGACAGGGAUGACCUGCCAAGCUCGGAGCUCCUACAUCACCUCAGAGAUCCUGUGGGGCCACCGUUUUACCCCGGUACUGACGCUGGAAGACGGGUUUUAUGAGGUCGACUACAACAGUUUCCACGAUACCUACGAGACCAACACGCCGUCGUGCAGCGCCAAAGAGUUGGCAGAACUCGUCAGCAGGACGGAGAUACCACUGAGCUGGUCCGUGUCCAGCAAGCUGAACCAGCAGGAGGAAAUGAUCAAGGAGGAAAGCGGAAAGACUCACGAGACCCAAACAGAAAGCAAUGGGGAUGUAGCCAAUAUAGAGAGUGAGUCUAAGGUCUAACCCUGCGGUGCAUUGAGAUGCUACAGAGCCGCCCAACGUGUGGUGUAAAUGGCCGCUCAGUGGAGACCGGUUUGGGCAGAGGAAACAGAGUCAAUCCCAUAAUGGAAGGCGACUGCCGCACAAGGCUGAUGUUUGCAUGAAUUCUCCUUUUUGGCUUGUAAACUACACAGUUUAGGCAGUGAGUCCGCUGGAUCUUGGUUCUAUAUCAAGUUCAUAAGGAACAUUGCCUACAAUGACACGGCUUUGAGCUCCUUGGGCUGCACAGAGAUGUGGCCACUGGUGGCUCGUCAUUCCACGGGCUCUCCGGAUGUUGGCCGGCAACAUUCUGAUGGCCUCAGGUUGCCCAUGCCUGGUCUGAUGGCUCCAAGGUGUAAGCCGGGGGUUCGUCAGAACACUGUACAUAUUGCCUUAUGGAAAUUAUUUUUCUCUUACAUUUGUGAAUAAGCCCAGCAUGUACAAAGGAACUGCGAAUGAAACCUCGAAAUAAUGUAGAUAGACGUGUAAUUAAUGUAGGUUUAUUUCAGAAUUCUAGGAUUAUGAUAAUGCAAAAACAAAUCCACAUACAGACACCGCCAUACAUGUUCUGGGGUAAUGGCUCACCGAGCAGGGGCAGGGGUUUGGCCCGUGACAAAUGGGAGCAAAAAGUCCUAUAUUCAUUGAGUUAAAUGAAAAGCCUAGGGGCUCAUCUGGGCACCAUUAGCCUCACUUUGUUCUAACGUGCACUCGUGCAGUAACCCAUAGCAACCAAUCAGCAAUUACCUGCAGUUGAUUCACAAUCUAGAUAUUAGAACCUAACUGGUUGCCAUGGGUUACUGCAUUAGCACCUAUUUAUUAUUUUGUAGAAUAUUAUUGCUGGAAAUACACCUGGCUAUGAAAAGCCUUCACCGGUCACAGCACUGCUCUUCCUUGGUCAGCCUCCGGAGGUACAGCAUAGGGGAGCUGGUAUCUUAAAGGGGUGCUAGCACCUAUUUUACCUGUACUUAUUAUGUUGCAGAAUACAAGGAGGGAGGCAGCUAUUGCUGGGAAAUGCUAGCGGCAUAUUGUAUAAGUUGCAGUACCGCUACUCACCACUCUCAGGCAAUAGCUCUUUUUUCCAUAAGGCUGCAACAGAACAGCGCCAAAAUCUGAUCUGAGCUUCCAAUAAGGUCCUGAGAUUUGAAAAGGACAAACGUUUUCAACACGCUGAAUGCUGAACACCUCCCAGAAAUGUAAGGCCAUUGUUGUUAGUGCCCUAUAAGAUGAGAUGUGGCUCACAAAACUGCAUUAUCUACCCCUCUAACCACAUCCAGACAAUGAGAUCCUAUGAAGAUAUGGGCUUUUAUAUCUCACACACAUAACUGCCAACCUCACACUGUGCUCUUCCACAUAAGCACAAUUUGUAUUUUAGCUGUAUCUGGAGCUCCACAACAAGGCUCAACCCAUAGGUGUAACCAUAUCGGUGUCCCUACUGGAUAGGCAGCUACUGAUCAUUCCUUACCCAAUGAAUGACUUCUGAUGAAAGCCAUAGACGAGGUGAAGCGAGAGAGGCGCAGAUCAGGGUAUCACUCCCGCUGUACUGUGAGACUGUUUACAUAAGGCCAUUGUGUUAUUCCGUGAGUGUCUAUCAGUGUUCCAUGGUCACUACAUGUCUAUCAGUUGGUGGGGUGAAGCCCCCAGGGGGAACAUUAUUCUGUUUAUUUCUUACAUUAAUUAAUUAGAGAUAAAGGGGGGCUUGGGGGAAGGUGCCUAGGAGCCAGGAAACACUUUAGGUACCAAUUAAGGCCAUUGGUCGGUCAAUAACCCAGACUUUUAUCAUGUUGAGUUGGUAAUGCAUGUUCUGAAGGUUCUAUAAAGCAACCUUAGACUUUCAUUGAUCCAGGUUAACUAGUGACUAGUGAUGUAUCGGUUGACAGUUUGACAUUAUGUAGUGCAAGUUAAGGCGCUAGGCAACAUGUGGGGAGGGGCUUCAGUAAAAUAAAUCCGACCCAAUGCAAACCUACACGUUCUGCAGGUUUUGAGAUGGCCCACAGACUACUAACAAAGACCUAUUAAGCAGCAUUGAAAGAAGAAGAGAUGUGUCCCACUUGCUCUUCAUUGGUCGAGUCUUCGGCCAAGUUGAGUACAAUGACCCUAGUUGGGGUCAUUGUAGUCAACUUGGCUGAGGACUCUACGGAUAGGACUGGCAAUAGAGAGAAAAAGGAGAGACCUUUCCCUUUAAGACUGUUUUCAUUUGUACCAUACAGCCCUAAAGGCAAUAAGUAUAUCAUAUUUAUAUGUGGAGAUUUUUUUAUAGACCUCAGACUGCUGAAGAGCUCAGUUGACCUUUUUGCAUGACAUUUAUUAUGAUGGGUCCCAAACAUGUAGUAUAGGGCAUGCUCUAUGGAAACGGUUGGACAGCACUGUCAUGUGAUAUCACAAAUGCUGCGUCAAAGGGAUCCUUAUGGCUCCUCCUUCUCAAAAUACUUCCAGUUGUCCAUGACAAUGAGAUUGCACAUUGUCUGACUUGGAUGAAGCAUUUUAUAGACUUAAGAGCGUAAUGAAGAGCGUAACGGCCUUAACUUGUCUAGUAACACAUAGCAACCAAUCAUCAGGUGGCAUUUACUGGUCAUCUGUUUGACUCCUAUGGAAGGUAACUCUCUUCUGCCACAAUAAUGAUCUGAAAGGGAUAACUUUCUAUAAAGCAAGCUGCCACCUCAGGGGCCCCAGACCCCCCAGCCAUGAAUUCCAUCUGGGUCACUUUACUUUUAUUUGGGGCCAGGUGAUGCCUAAUUCCUGACAGGGAGAGCACCUGGGUCAAUCACAGCCCACUGGGGUUUUUCCCGGUAUUCUGCAGCCCCAGUCUGACCCUGGGAAGAAUAGAGAAUCAAAAGGUGAAAAUGGGGAGCACUGAGAAAGGGGGGAAUUGAUGAGAGCAGGGGGUGAGGGGUGGGGGGCUCAGCUAGUGUAAACCCAUGGGUCCUGCAGGUUUUGGGUCAACCCACACAUGACUACAGAGAGCCUGUAUUAGGGCUUGGGGGGCAUGGAAUGCCAUUAGAGAGAGGGCGGAACGGGGGCAGAAGCACAAGCAAAAGGGCUCAUUGGAGAAGCGGGAAAUGUACAGAAAUGAGGAGAGAAAAAAAUAGAGCUGGGGAAGAGAAGAUGAUGGGGGAAAGGAAGAUGGAAGUCUGAAGAGUAAAGAAAAUAAAAGAAGGAGAAUGGGGGGUUGAGAGUUGAUCUGAGUUGGAUUGGGUUGGGCUGAGAAGAGAGAACAGACAGAAGUAAAGGAUGGUAGAGAAAGGGGAGAACAUGGGGUGGGAAUUUAAUGAGUGAAAGGGAGCGUCUACUAAUGUCUUGUGCGUGUUACCCUCCAAAAUGGGCGAUUGGUCACAUUUUCCCCUUCCCUGCUGUUUCCCUUUUUAUAGAUUCCCAACUACAGACUUUCUCAACCCUCUUCAUUUAUUUGUGGCUCUCCCUAAGCUGAUCAGCCAACCCUGCACUGAUGAGCCCCAAGAAGGGCAAAACCGGUCUGUAGUUGGGAAUCAGCUGUUAUCCCGGCUUCUGCUUUAUACCCAGUGGGUGAGUUGUAACCUAUAGGGUAAACCCAUGUAAAUGGCAUUUUCUUGGAGCUCUUUGGGAUUAGUUUAAACAAAAACCUUAAAACAAAAGUUUGAGGGUUUAUAAAUAGGAACUGGCCUGCGGAAUUGGAUUCCAUUUCUCUGUCAGUACAGGCGUGGGACCUGGGGUUUUCCAGAUAUGGGGUCUUCUGUAAUUUGGAUCUCCAUACCUUAAGGCUAA